AGCCGGCGCGGGCUCGGCCAUCGGCGCACCGCCGCCCCCGGGGCUGGGCUCGCGCCUGCGGGCGCAGAGGCGGCGGUCAGGACGCGCGCGCCCAGCGCCACGGCCACGGCCGGCGGCUCGGGUUCCGAGCAGGGGAAGGAGAGCGGCGGCGGGUGCAGGCGCCGGAACGGAGGGCGGAUUUUGGCUCCGCGGGCGCGCCCUCCGCUCCUUCUCGCAGCCGCGCCAUACGCCUAGUGGGGCAGGCGGCAGGGGAAGAGGAGCCAGGACCCUCUCCCCCGGCCUCUGGAGCUGCCGGAGUUCGGACUUCUGCAACUGUUGACACUUUGGAGCUCCGGUUCUGUUUUUGGCUGUUUACCUUUCUCUUCUGGCUGCCUGGAAAUCCAAGCUCCCGUCCGCCCUCCGCCCUCGCGCGCCCACCCAGCGCCGCCUGGGAGCGGCCCGGCGCGCACUCGGCAACAUGAGGAGACUUGGGACAUGCCUGGCGACUUUGGCCGGACUUUUGCUAACUGCAGCAGGGGAGACGUUUUCAGGUGGUUGCCUUUUUGAUGAGCCAUAUAGCACUUGUGGAUAUAGUCAAGCUGAAGAUGAUGACUUCCAUUGGGAGCAGGUGAACACCUUGACCAAACCAACUUCUGAUCCAUGGAUGCCAUCAGGCUCUUUCAUGCUGGUGAACACAUCUGGGAGACCUGAGGGGCAGAGAGCCCACCUCCUCUUACCUCACCUGAAAGAAAACGACACCCAUUGCAUUGAUUUUCACUAUUUUGUAUCCAGCAAGAGUAACACUGCUCCUGGGUUACUCAAUGUCUAUGUGAAGGUCAAUAAUGGGCCUUUGGGGAAUCCUAUCUGGAACAUAUCUGGAGACCCUACCCGCACGUGGAACAGGGCAGAACUGGCCAUUAGUACAUUCUGGCCUAAUUUUUAUCAGGUGGUUUUUGAAGUGAUAACUUCUGGACAUCAAGGCUACCUUGUUAUUGAUGAAGUGAAGGUAUUAGGACAUCCGUGCACCAGAACUCCCCACUUCCUGCGGAUUCAGAACGUGGAAGUCAAUGCAGGCCAGUUUGCCACCUUCCAGUGCAGCGCCAUCGGCCGGACCGUAGUGGGUGACCGGCUCUGGUUGCAGGGCAUUGAUGUGCGCGAUGCUCCUCUCAAGGAAAUAAAGGUGACUAGUUCCCGGCGAUUCAUAGCUUCCUUUAAUGUCAUGAACACAACAAAACGAGAUGCUGGGAAGUACCGCUGCAUGAUUCGCACCGAAGGAGGUGUUGGAAUAUCAAACUAUGCAGAAUUGGUAGUUAAAGAGCCCCCCGUUCCCAUUGCUCCACCUCAGCUUGCCUCCGUGGGGGCAACCUACCUUUGGAUUCAACUCAACGCCAACUCCAUCAAUGGGGAUGGGCCCAUUGUCGCCCGAGAGGUGGAGUACUGCACAGCAAGUGGGAGCUGGAAUGACCGACAGCCAGUGGACUCCACGAGUUACAAAAUUGGGCACCUCGACCCGGAUACGGAGUAUGAGAUCAGCGUGCUGCUCACCAGGCCGGGGGAAGGUGGCACUGGGUCUCCUGGGCCAGCCCUCAGAACCAGGACAAAGUGUGCCGAUCCCAUGCGUGGUCCAAGAAAACUGGAAGUGGUAGAAGUCAAAUCUCGACAAAUCACUAUCCGCUGGGAGCCAUUUGGAUAUAACGUAACUCGCUGCCAUAGUUAUAAUCUCACAGUCCACUACUGUUACCAAGUCGGAGGACAGGAGCAAGUGCGAGAAGAAGUAAGCUGGGACACAGAUAAUUCACACCCUCAACAUACGAUCACUAACCUUUCACCGUAUACCAAUGUCAGUGUGAAACUCAUCCUCAUGAAUCCUGAGGGACGGAAGGAAAGUCAAGAACUCAUAAUACAGACGGAUGAAGAUUUGCCAGGUGCUGUUCCUACUGAAUCCAUCCAAGGAAGUACUUUUGAAGAGAAGAUAUUUCUUCAGUGGCGAGAACCAAUUCAAACAUAUGGUGUCAUCACUUUAUAUGAGAUCACCUACAAAGCAGUCAGUUCCUUUGACCCCGAAAUAGACUUAUCCAAUCAAAGUGGAAGAGUUUCAAAACUGGGGAAUGAAACCCAUUUUCUGUUCUUUGGACUGUAUCCAGGGACCACGUACUCCUUCACCAUCCGAGCUAGCACAGCUAAGGGGUUUGGACCUCCAGCAACAAAUCAGUUCACCACCAAAAUAUCAGCACCCUCUAUGCCGGCUUAUGAACUCGAGACCCCUUUGAAUCAGACGGACAACACAGUGACAGUCAUGCUGAAGCCAGCACACAGCCGAGGCGCGCCUGUCAGCGUCUAUCAAGUAGUUGUUGAGGAAGAACGUCCUCGAAGAACUAAAAAGACAACAGAAAUCUUGAAGUGCUACCCUGUGCCAAUUCACUUCCAGAAUGCGUCAAUAUUGAACUCACAGUACUACUUUGCUGCAGAAUUCCCAGCGAACAGUCUCCAAGCUGCUCAGCCUUUUACUAUUGGUGAUAAUAAGACAUACAAUGGAUACUGGAACACUCCCCUUCUCCCCCAUAAAAGCUACAGAAUUUAUUUCCAAGCUGCUAGUAGAGCCAAUGGGGAAACCAAAAUAGACUGUGUCCGAGUGGCCACAAAAGCUGCGAUAAUCGUGACUCAGCUUACAACACCUUACAUUCGCAUCGCCCCUGCUGCAGGCGACGACCAACUGACAGGAGCUGCCACCCCGAAACCAGUCCCAGAACCCGAGAAGGAAACAGACCAUACAGUCAAAAUUGCUGGAGUCAUUGCUGGCAUCUUGCUGUUCGUUAUUAUAUUUCUUGGAGUUGUGUUGGUAAUGAAGAAAAGGAAACUAGCCAAGAAGCGGAAGGAGACAAUGAGCAGCACGAGGCAGGAGAUGACUGUGAUGGUGAACUCAAUGGACAAGAGCUAUGCCGAGCAAGGCACCAACUGCGAUGAGGCAUUCUCAUUCAUGGACACACACAAUCUGAACGGGAGAUCUGUGUCUUCACCCUCGUCCUUUACAAUGAAAACGAAUACACUGAGCACAUCGGUGCCCAAUUCUUACUACCCAGACGAAAGCCACACGAUGGCCAGCGACACCAGCAGCUUGGUGCAGUCGCACACUUACAAGAAGCGAGAGCCGGCCGACGUGCCCUACCAGACCGGGCAGCUUCACCCCGCCAUCCGGGUGGCCGACCUGCUCCAGCACAUCACGCAGAUGAAGUGUGCCGAGGGCUACGGCUUCAAGGAGGAAUACGAGAGCUUCUUUGAAGGGCAGUCCGCACCAUGGGACUCUGCUAAGAAAGAUGAAAACAGAAUGAAGAACAGAUAUGGGAAUAUCAUUGCAUAUGAUCAUUCACGGGUGAGGCUGCAGACCAUAGAAGGAGAUACCAACUCAGACUACAUCAAUGGAAAUUAUAUCGAUGGUUAUCAUCGACCCAAUCAUUAUAUUGCUACCCAAGGACCAAUGCAAGAGACCAUCUAUGACUUCUGGAGGAUGGUGUGGCACGAAAACACCGCAAGCAUCAUAAUGGUCACCAACCUCGUGGAAGUGGGAAGGGUCAAAUGCUGCAAGUACUGGCCAGAUGACACAGAGAUAUAUAAAGACAUUAAGGUCACCCUAAUAGAAACAGAACUACUGGCAGAAUAUGUGAUAAGAACAUUUGCUGUCGAAAAGAGAGGUGUUCACGAAAUCCGUGAGAUCAGACAGUUUCACUUCACUGGCUGGCCGGAUCACGGGGUACCCUAUCAUGCCACAGGGCUGCUGGGGUUCGUCCGGCAGGUCAAAUCCAAGAGCCCGCCCAACGCAGGCCCAUUGGUGGUGCACUGCAGUGCUGGUGCAGGGAGGACCGGCUGUUUCAUCGUGAUCGAUAUCAUGUUGGACAUGGCAGAAAGAGAAGGCGUGGUUGACAUCUAUAACUGCGUGCGGGAGCUGCGGUCACGGAGGGUGAACAUGGUGCAGACAGAGGAGCAGUAUGUGUUUAUCCAUGAUGCCAUCCUGGAAGCCUGUCUUUGUGGUGACACCUCAGUCCCUGCUUCCCAAGUUAGGUCUCUGUAUUAUGACAUGAACAAACUGGAUCCGCAGACUAACUCCAGCCAGAUUAAAGAGGAGUUCCGGACCCUGAACAUGGUGACGCCGACCCUGCGCGUGGAAGACUGCAGCAUCGCGCUGCUGCCCCGGAACCACGAGAAGAACCGCUGCAUGGACAUCCUGCCCCCGGACCGCUGCCUGCCCUUCCUCAUCACCAUCGACGGGGAGAGUAGCAACUACAUCAACGCCGCCCUCAUGGACAGCUAUAAACAGCCUUCGGCUUUUAUAGUCACCCAGCAUCCUUUGCCAAACACAGUGAAAGACUUCUGGAGACUGGUCCUGGAUUAUCACUGCACGUCAGUGGUUAUGCUAAAUGAUGUGGAUCCUGCCCAGUUGUGUCCGCAGUACUGGCCAGAGAAUGGAGUUCACAGACAUGGCCCCAUCCAAGUGGAAUUUGUUUCUGCUGACUUAGAAGAAGACAUCAUCAGCAGGAUAUUCCGUAUUUAUAAUGCAGCCAGACCCCAAGAUGGAUAUCGGAUGGUGCAGCAAUUCCAGUUCCUGGGCUGGCCCAUGUACAGGGACACGCCAGUGUCCAAGCGCUCCUUCUUGAAGCUCAUUCGCCAAGUGGAUAAGUGGCAGGAAGAAUACAACGGUGGUGAAGGCCGCACAGUUGUGCACUGCUUGAACGGGGGAGGCCGUAGUGGGACGUUCUGUGCCAUCAGCAUCGUCUGUGAGAUGCUCCGGCACCAGAGGACGGUGGACGUCUUCCACGCGGUGAAGACGCUGAGGAACAACAAGCCCAACAUGGUGGACCUCCUGGAUCAGUACAAGUUCUGCUACGAGGUGGCUCUGGAAUACUUGAAUUCUGGCUGAUGGCAUAAACAGCUCUGCACACCAACCCUUUCAUCCCACAAAGCCAAGACGUUCCAUGGUAUUUGUGUUGAUGAGAUGAAGACUUCUCAAUAUGCUUAUUUUGCUUUGCAUAAUUGGCUCUUUUUAAGAGCCCAAGAAAGUGUUUCUAAAACUGCUUUGCACUGCCCAAUUCCCAGCAAUGCUGCUGCCUGACGGAAAACCACACACAGCAGAGUCAUCAAAUACUGUCCUAGGCAUCGGCUUGUUAGAGCAGUGUAGACAUCUGGUAAACUGAAGAGCACAAUUAUAUUCUUAUGAAGGAAUUUGUACCUUUGGAGUAUUAUUUGGUGGCCCGUGAACCUUUGUUAUUGUUACGGCUGAGUGUACAUUUUUGUUUUGUGGAGAAUGUUACCUGGCAUUAUGAUAAUAUAUUAUUUUAGUUAAUAUUUGUAUUUUAACAUGUUGCAUAGUAUAAGCUUAUGUACCUUUCCAAGACUAACCGAUAAACGUAUAAUGAACAAAGAUAUGUUGUAUGAGUUGUUUCUAUCAGAUUUGUAUUGUUUCCAAGGGAAAAGCUUGGAAGAAGUCAGUUCAAAAAUGCAAAGCUCAACGAUCAGAUUCACAGAUCCAAAGCUCUUCCCUUUGUUUAUAUUGUAAAUAUUUUUGAUUUCAUCAAAUUAUUUAUUCAUUAAAAGAAAUUUUUGUGAAGCACAGUGAAUGACAAUCAUUUUUAUGAAGCACAGGAAAUGACUGAUUGUAUGAUGUGACCUUGUGUGAAUUCUUUCUCAAUAAAUAAAGACCCGUGACCAGU